AUGCUACCAGAUUGUCCAGGCCUGGAUAGGACCGAUCGAAACAUUGGGGUUCGGGUCGCACCAAAGACCUUCCUGUCAGUCCGUUCGAACCCGCCCCCGCCUCUCGAACUCCUCCCACUAGGCUUGAGCAACCUGGCAGUAUCCCAGCCCUCGUGCGACCUUCGGGUGGCAUGGCAGUUAGGCACCGAUAGGGUGCCACUGCUGAACGAUCUUGCCCCUCUCGGGUGUAUUAUUCGCGACAAAUCGAUUAGGUCCAGUUUAUGUUCAAAAUGA